AUGCUCGGCGACUAUGGCGCCGACGUCAUCAAGAUCGAGCGGCCCGGCGCCGGCGAUGACACCCGCGGGUGGGGACCUCCGUUCAUCGGCGAGGAGUCCGCAUACUUCCUCUCGGUCAAUCGCAACAAGCGCAGCCUGACCCUGAACCUGCGCGACGAGCAGCCCAGCAGAUCUUCCUCAAGCUGGCGGCCGACGCUGACGUGA